AUGGGGCUUAUUUCGGCAAACGUGCUCUUCCAGCUUCUGGGACUGAUAACUGCGAUCCUCGUUGCGGCAUAUCUUUAUUUGAAACAUGUCACUUACCAGUACUGGAGUUCGAAAGGAGUCGCGCAGGCCGAACCUGUCGUCCCGAUUGGCAACUUAUUUCCGGUCCUUAGAGGAAAAAAGUCCGUGGGUCAACAGAUGCGCGACCUCUAUUUGAAGUUCAGGAAGAACCCCAUCUUCGGAGUCUACUCGUUCCACAUACCCAACCUCGUAAUCUGCGAUCCUGAGAUCAUUCGAUUUAUACUCACGAAGGAGUUUACGGCGUUUCAGGACCGCGGCAUGUAUUCCAAUGUAACGCAUGAGCCACUGACAGCUAACCUGUUCCAGCUUGGUAGUCCGAAAUGGCGGCAUCUCAGGAUGAAGUUCACGCCAACAUUCACGUCUGGGAAAAUGAAGUACAUGUUCACCACGGUGAAGGAUAUUGCGAACAACCUUAGCAAGCAGAUAGCCAUAGAGUCCAGCCAGAGCGACCUCGUUGAGGUCAAGGAUCUCAUGGCAAGAUUCUCCACUGAUGUAAUCGCCUCAGUAGCUUUCGGGAUCGAGUGUAAUAGCCUGGAAAUCCCGGAAGCAGAGUUUCGCGCAUGGGGCCGUAAAUUCCUCCAGCCUGAACCACUAAAAAACACAAUGAUGACACUAUGUCCGUCGGUAAUGAAGAUGUUCAACAUCAAGUUUAUCGACGAAGGCACUUCCAAUUUCAUAAUAAACGCCUUCAAGGACACCGUCGAAUAUAGAACGGCGAAUAAUGUGGUUCGAAAGGACUUCAUGGACCUCGUUAUCCAGCUGCUGACCAAGGGCUACGUCAACUCUGACGAUGGCAAGGACACGCAGCAGGAUUCAGUGACUGCAAGUGAUAAGAUCACCAUGCUGGAAGGAGCUGCACAGGCCUUCGUAUUCUGGGUUGCCGGCUUCGAGACGUCUUCAUCGACCGCGACUCACUGCCUCUACGAGAUGGCAAUGAAUCAAGACAUCCAGGAUACACUCUCCGAGGAAAUGAACAGGGUGUUGGAGAAGUUCGGGGGUUUGACGUACGACGCCAUCAUGGAAAUGACCUAUCUUCACAAAGUGGUUUCAGAAACGCUCAGGAAGUAUCCAUCCGUCCCAAUCCUCAACAGGGAGUGCAACAGGAAGGUUGAGUUGCCUGGAACCGGAUUCGUCGUUCCAGUUGGAAUCCAGAUAGUCUUUCCAGUAUUGGGAAUCCACUGGGACCCCGAAAUUUAUCCUUCCCCAGAGAAAUUCGACCCGGAACGUUUCACCGAAGAGAACAUCGCCAAGAGACAUCGUUAUGCUUACCUACCGUUUGGCGAAGGGCCCAGGAAUUGUAUCGGCAUGAGGUUCGGUCUUCUUCAAACAAAAAUCGGCCUGAUCACCCUGCUUUCGAAGUAUCGUUUGAAGCCAGGACCCGACACGAAAUCACCCUUGGUCAUGGACACCGGAAAUUUUCUACAAAUGCCGCUUGGCGGUAUGAAGCUCAGAAUCGAGGAAAGACGUUAGAUGACUAAGAAUAGUUUCGAUAUAAAUUUUC